AUGGCAAGUAGACGAAAGGGAUCGAAGGUGGUGGACGACUUCGAAUACGACGAGGAAGAGGUGACUUGUGAUUGUGGGCUUAGGGCUUCUCAAACAAUUUCUCGCACAGCCACGAACCCGGAUCGAAAAUUUUUUGGAUGCCCAAAUUUUGGUGUGAUGGCUAAAGAACCUUGUGAUUUCUUUGAGUGGUACGACAUAAGAGAUGCUGUGUUCAAAUCGACAAGAAUGUUGUCCGAAGCUGUUGUGAAGUUGACACUCGAGAAUCAAGAGCUUCUUGCUUCGUUAGAGAGACUUGGUGCUACACCUACUCAAUCGAGCCAUUUCCUUAAGAUAAAUCAAAAGUAA